AUGUUGAAGAGAGUAUUGGCGCCUAGAAGAGGCGUCUUACGUGUCACUUCUACUACUACUGCUAGACUCGGUUCUGGCUUCAUCCACGCGCAAAGAUUCCAAUCGCAAACUACUUCUUCCCCCAAGGAAGUGUACACUAAAUUGUCGGACACCAAGGACCCUCAAAGAAAUGAAUUCUUCCAAUACACAUGGGGCUCGUGGUUGAAGAAUGAUAAGGCAGAAAGAGCCAAGAGAGAAACCUGUUUCUCCAUCGAAGGCGUGGCCACUUUGUUGUCUGAGAUUACCGCAGAAGUUCUAGACUCUAAAAACGUGUCUAAAUCCGGUAAAUACAUUGUAAAGGCUCCCAAACUGUUGAAAGAUGGUACUGUUUUAUUGAACAAUAAUCUUUCUCUCUUGGGACUGUUGCCUGGUGGUGGCAAUAAAUUGGGUGUCAAAUCUAUUGCCAGUAUCCAUGAAGGGAAGCACCAUAGGGUGUAUAAAGUCACUCUUACCACUGGGAAGGAAUUGGUGCUUCGUAUUCCUUAUAAGUUAGAAUCUGAUUAUGCUAUUUCGCAAAAGGUUAAAUCGGAAGCUGCUACUUUGGAUUUCUUGAAUUUGAAAUUGGGGGCCAAUGUUCCCAAGGUGGUUGCUUAUGGUGCCUCAAGAGACAACCUGUUGCAAACUCCAUUCAUUCUAAUGGAAUAUAUAUCUGGAGAUUUGUUGAUGAAAAAGUGGAAUCCAAUGUCUGAUAAUGAACAAGAGGUCUUGGACGUUAUUAAGCCAUUGGCUGAUUUCCAAGAGAAGAUCUUGUCUAUUGUAUUCAAUAAGUAUGGUUCCUUAUAUUUCCACGAUGAUGUGUCUGCGUUACAACAGGCUGAUUUACCCUAUAAUGGUGAAGAAGAUGCUACUUUGAAGAACAGAUGGAGAAUUGGUGCUUCUGUUGAAAAGGCAUUCUUCAAGAACAAAGACAAGUUGGAUAAGAAGACCAUUGCUAAAUACACUGGACCUUGGGAUUCCUCCAAGCCAUUGUCAUUGGUUUCUGCCAUUGCUGACAUUGAAUUGGAGAAUGUUAAGAACAGAUUGGCUUUGCACCACGCUGAAGCCUCAAAUGUCAUUGAAGAUGUGGAAUUACUCAAGAGAAAGCUAAAGUCUUUAGAAAAUUUCAAGACCAUGGCUCCUUUAUUACUCAAUAAUGCUUCUACUUCUAUUAUGAAUGUGGAGGAAGUGUUCAAGCCUCGGUUGAAUGUUCCUGAUUUGGAUCCCUUGAACACCAUUGAAAAUAAUGGAAAAUAUUAUCUUGUUGAUAUGGAAUACUCUUCUAUAAAGCCAUUUAUUUUGAGUGCUUACCCUUCAUUUGUUGCGUACCAAGGUGCAAAGAUCCACAAUUUGGAAGAAGACGUACCUGGUUAUAAUGAGAUGUCAGAUGUUGAGAAGGAACAGUUCAAGUUUAUGUACUACAAGACCAGAAAUGAGUUUAUGUGGGAAAAGGAAUUAAAUGCUAGAAGACACGAUUUAAUCUCUAUUGCUUCUCCACAUAUCAAGGCAUUAAAGAGUCCUUAUGCUCAAGCUUUGGAAUUGAAGAAUGAUAAGGAUUAUUUGUAUGUUGAAGGGUCGAUGAUUCAAUUGCAAGCUUUAUGGGAUGCUUAUGUCGCCAACGAAUUGUGUAACGCUACGGAUUCAACCUUCCCAAUUAAAUAUUCUCCUGAGUAUUUGAAGGAACAUCAAGCUGAUUUAGAAGACUAUCAAAUGGAAAUUGUAUCUACCCCCUUUGCUGCAACUGGUGGGUGGAUUCCACAAGAUAUGUUUGAGGCCUUGAAGUCUAAGGGUAUCAUUAAGUUUGAAGACAAUGGUGAUUUUUCCAUCGCUACUGAUGAAAUGCUUGCAGCUGAAGAAGAAGAAGCCAAAAGAUUAGAGAAGGAACACGAAUCGCAUGCAGCUCCCAAUACGAAGAUUUAA